CCGCUCGUCUGCUUCGAAAACUCUCACCAGAAGCCCUCGCUCCUCGCUCCUCUUCAGACCAAAAUCUCGUCCCAGCCUUUAAGAAUUUUGCAGUGCUAGGGUUUCCCAUAGUGCUGUUGUAAGCUUCUCUCGUCGGAUCUGGAUUGCCGGCUGGUCCUGAAACCUUCCUCUCCGAUCGACGGCGGACGAGAUCCGGCGGAGCUUAGGGCUUCCAAGGCGGCGAUCCGGCCGGCCGGAGGAAUGCAGGGCCCUGGGGGCUCCACGCCGCGGCCGGAGGCGAUCCUGGAGUGGCUGCAGAAGGAGAUGGGGUACCCUUCGCCGCCGCCCUCUGCCGACCAGCUCCGCAAGAUCUGCCGGGGGAACAUGGUGCCGGUGUGGAGCUUCCUCCUCCAGCGGGUCCGAUCGGAGCGGACGGUGGCGACGGCGCGGAGGAACAUUAUGGUGCACGGGGUUCCGCCGGCGGUGGAUGGGGGGAGGGGGAGGAGGAGGGAGAGGGAGAAGGGAAAAUUUGAGGAAGGCUCGUCUUUGGAGUCCAGGGAGACCGCUCUGAGGGAGAGGGAUCUGGCCGAGGAGGAGGCCGAGAGGCUGAGGAACGUGGUGAGGAGGCAGCGGAAGGAGCUGAGGGCUCGGAUGGUUGAAGUUGCCAGGGAGGAGUCGGAGAGGAAGAGAAUGCUUGACGAGAGAUCUAAUGCCAGGCACAAGCAGGUGAUGUUGGAGGCAUAUGAUCAGCAAUGUGAUGAAGCAACUAAGAUAUUUGCCGAGUACCAAAGACGUCUUCAUCAUUAUGUAAAUCAAGCAAGAGAUGUACGGAGGCUGACUACAGGUAGUGCUGUUGAUGCAGUUGACGAUCCCCAUGCACAUGGUGAGAAAGAGGCAGUUUACUCCACCGUCAAGGGCAAUAGAUCAUCAGAUGACAUCAUUCUCAUAGAGACUUCAAGAGAGAGAAAUAUUCGGAAAGCAUGUGAAACUCUUGCUGCUCAUAUGAUCGAAAGAAUUCGUAGUACUUUUCCAGCAUAUGAAGGGAGUGGUAUUAGCUUGAAUGCCCAGUUAGAUGCUGCCAAACUAGGCCUUGAUUUAGAUGGUGAAGUACCUGAAGAUAUUAAAACAGUAGCACUAGAUGCACUGAAAAAUCCUUAUCUUCUACUUCAGUCAAUAACUACAUAUACUUCAAGGGUUAAUAUGCUUAUUCAUAGAGAAACCGAAAAGAUCGAUAUCAGAGCUGAUGCAGAACUCUUGAGAUACAAAUAUGAAAAUGAUAGAGUGACCGAUGCUGCUUCACCUGAUGCAAGCUCACCCUUACCAUAUCAAGUGUAUGGCAAUGGAAAGAUUGGAACAGACCUAAGCACAAAGGGAACUUAUAACCAGCUUCUUGAAAGACAGAAAGCACAUGUGCAGCAAUUUGUGGCCACUGAAGAUGCAUUAAACAAGGCUGCAGAAGCCAAAGCCUUGUGUCAAAAGCUUUUAAAACGCCUCCAUGGCAGCAAUGAUACUGUUUCCUCACAGAUUCUUCCUGCUGGAGGCACCUCACAGAACCUAGGCAAUAUCAGGCAUUUGGAGUUAGAAGUCUGGACCAGGGAAAGAGAUGUUGCUGGAUUGAGGGCAAGCUUGAGUACACUGACAUCCGAGGUGCAACGCUUGAAUAAGUUGUGCACGGAGUGGAAAGAAGCAGAAGAUUCCCUGAAGAAAAAAUGGAAAAAAAUUGAAGAGUUUGAUGCUCGUAGAUCAGAAGUGGAGUCUAUUUAUACUGCUCUUCUUAGGGCCAAUAUGGAUGCAUCGGCAUUUUGGGACCAACAACCAUUAGCAGCACGAGAACAUGCAGCAAGGACAAUCAUUCCAGCAUGCACGGCUGUGGUGAACAUUUCAAAUAGUGCAAAGGAUCUCAUAGAAAAAGAAGUAUCUGCCUUCUAUCAAAGCCUGGACAAUAGUUUAUACAUGAUGCCAGCAACUGCACAGGGUCUUUUGGAGUUCAUGGGUGCUAAUGGUGCUACAGGACCAGAUGCACUUUCAGCUGCAGAAAAGCAUGCUGCUAUAUUGACAGCGAGAGCUGGUGCUGGAGAUCCAUCAGCAAUUCCAUCUAUAUGUCGCAUUAUUGCUGCUCUUCAGUAUCAUCCUGGUGCAGAAAGUUCAGAUGCUGGCCUGGCAUCAGUUCUAGAGUCUCUGGAAUUCUGUUUAAAGCUUCGGGGCUCAGAGGCUAGUGUAUUGGAGGAUUUAUCAAGGGCAAUCAACCUAGUUCAUACUCGACGAAACCUUGUUGAGAAUAAUCGUGUUUUACUAAACCAUGCACAUCGUGUACAACAAGAAUAUGAGAGGAUGGCCAAUUAUUGUCUGAAGUUGUCUGGUGAGCAAGAGAAAGUCGUUACAGAAAGAUGGUUGCCAGAACUUAGGAAUGCAGUCCUGGAUGCUCAAAGAUGCUUGACAGAUUGCCAACGUGUUAGGGGCCUGGUCGAUGAGUGGUGGGAGCAACCAGCAGCAACUGCCGUGGACUGGGUUACAGUUGAUGGGCAAACGGUGGGUGCUUGGCUGAACCUUGUCAAACAACUUCAGAUGGCAUUUUAUGACAAGGAGCUUUUGUGAAUGUUUCAUUUUCGUACUUUAGCCAAUUCCACUGGCUUGGGUUAAUUGUGGUGAGUGUAGUCUGCUGAAAUUACCCUCAAGGGUUUUGCAGUUGUUCAUCCUCAGUAGAUUCUGUUAUUUCUAGUGAAGAUUUCAUCAUGUCAUUCUUCUGCGCUACUGAUCACUUCAACUCAUCAUUAGAUCCUCUGUAUAGUAAACACUUGGCUGGUUGAUGGAGGGGUUGGAUCGACUGUACCAUUUACUGCUUGAUUUUUUUUUUCUUUCUUUCUUUGGUUUUUGCAGCACACAUCUUGGGG